UCAUAUACUGUCUACUUUGCGCCAGUGGAAAGACUUACAUCAGACGAUACGUACAAGCAGUGGGAUAAAGCGAUCGUUCGGACCACUAACAUUUCGGCAAGCGUGAGACUGGAUAAAGAUACUUACAAUAUACUGCCAAACCGGCAAUACCGCGUUCGCGUCUCCGCAACCAAUGAUUUAUCGGAAGGCCCGGCGAGUCCGUCCGUGAUAGUUAACACCGGAAAAACACCACCAGUUAUCUGGCUGGAACCUGCCGACAAUCCAGCGACUGUACCGCCACGAGGUUCGAUAUCCGUUCGAUGCGCAGCAAGCGGUAUUCCGGAGCCAUCUAUCAUCUGGAUUAUCGGCACGAAUGCAAGCGAUGUAAUACGUGGACCGAUUCUACAGCUGACCGAUCUUCGCAAAGAUGAAACAGCAACGUGCAAAGCUGAAAAUAGAGCUGGGCAAGUCCAGGAAGUUCUCCAAAUACUUGUUGCUGGUCCUGGAACUCCACCGAAUGAAAUCGUAGCGCUUCCCUUGGAUAAUCAGCAAGCAAAUGUCGAAUGGACAACACCAGACAGUCCGAAUGGUAAAAUCACGGAAUACGUUAUCCAUUACGGCGAAAUCCCAAAUGGUUUGUAUUGUCGUGACUUGAAUGAUAGUUGCUUUCCAUUAGAAAAGAUAUCAAGAGCGAAGCGGCCGUAUAUGAUACCACGAUCCACAGGUCGCAGGAACCUGAAAAGAAAAGCAACUGUAAGGUAUCACAGUACUGAGCCAGUUACGCCGAUUCCACCCAAUUUUUCACUGAGCACACUCUUUCUUUUCGUUCUAUUUGUCUUCGUCAUCAGUGCGGUUGGGGCAAUGCAUUCUAUUAUUUAGUG